UGAGGAGGAGGAGGAGGAGGGCGAUGGAAGCAGCAAGGAACCUUCCAACCCAUCUCCUUGGCUCUUCCUCCUCCUAGCAGCAACAGCUGCUGCUGCCAUCGCCAUUCUCUUAAGACCCUCAUCCCCUCUCCCCGCUUCUACCCCACCUCCUCCCCCUGCUUCGCGCCCUCCUCCCCCUAAUCCCCCCCCUCCUCCCCCUAAUCCUUCCCUCCUCCCCCUAAUCCUCCCCAUCCAUCCCCUUCCCCUCGCUCUCCUCUUCCUCAUCUAA